AUGAGACCUCCUUUCAGGGGGAAGACCGUCUUCCUCCCUGAUGUGUGGAGACUGACCAAGGGCAGCCAACAGCAGCCACAGGGGACGGGGCGUGUACUGCGCCAACAGCAGUCCCGGCCCAAGCAGAGAGGGCGAGUUGCCGCCCCUCCGCAGCAACAGGAGUGGCAAAGAUGGCAGGCAGGGGGGGGGCGACGGCAGCGGCAAAGGUCGCAGCAACAGCAGCAGUGGUCUCCCUUCGGGCACGUACGCCGAAGUGAUGCACCAAGCGAGAAGGGAAGUUUGGCGGACCUCGGGAUCGGGGACCUCCCUAAAAGAGCGGCAACCGGUGCCCUUGUAUUGGAGGUCUUCGGUCCGGAGAGUCACGCUAAGCCCGACGCGCUGGCCAAGAGAAUGAGGAUCCUCUUCGUCGAGGAGAAGGAAGUGUGCAUCACACGACCGGCGAAGAGGGUUGAAAUUCGGGUCCGUGACCUGGACGACGCGGUGACGACGGAGAAUGUCGUCACUGCUAUCGCGUCGUCUGGGGGCUGCGGACCCGAAGAUAUAAAGGUAGGGGCAAUCCGUGCUGGGGCCAACGGGCUUGGAACCAUGGGUGCAGUGCCCGUUGGCCUCGGCCAAGAAAGUACUUGA